AUGGAGCUCCCUCUAGGGGACUUAGUGUUACCUCUUGCAUCUCCUGAGGACUUUGCUGCGGGACCACCUCGGCUUGACAAUCAGAAUUGUUUCGCUAAGAACGAUAACGCCAAAGCGAUUCCCUCUGAACCUGUCGUUGACCCAUUGGAUCCCGAAGGCAUCUUUGAUAGUGGUAUCGACUUGUACGAGGAACUAGCUAAGAUGAAAGCCAGCGCCUCUGAACCGAUCCCCAUCGAAGACGAUGACAAGUCCUCUGGAGCCAAAGGUUCCGGACUUGAAGAAGUUGCCAAAAGCGCCAGCCCAGCUAAAGCUGAGCCAGUGGCCAGUAGCCACGAUCCGACUAUGAUGCCGGAUGGCACUCCGGUGCCACCCGGAUACAACUUUGAUGGAAUCCGGCUAGUUCGCAACAAACGGGGAUCCCAGCGCCCACCUGAUACCUCAAGCGAAGAUUGGCAUAUGGUGUCGGUUGCACAGCGUGAGGCGGACAAGGAACGCUAUCAGGCGAAGCUAAGGCGUGAAGCCGCAGCUCGCGAAGCUGAAGCAAGGGACGCUGCCCGGGCGAUGCCGGUGAUCGAGAACCCACAACCAGAAUCGCACAGGCUUAAGGGCGUCCUUGUUGGGAUAAGUUGGGGUCUGACCGCCGAUCAGUUUGCUUUGGUGGCCCGAGUAGUCAACCAAGCCGAGAUCGACAGAACCCCUGAGGCCAAAGCCGCUAUGGAUAAGGAGUGGCAAAAGCUCGUCGACAAAG